AUGUCCGGAAACCACGGGAUGGAACAGCUCCAAUCCCGAUUGCGGGAGAUGGAGGAGAAAUGCCAGCGGCUCGAAGGCGAGCUGAGCGCAGCAAGAGAACAGAUGAAGAUGUUGGAAGGGGAAGUGAGGCAGGCUGACUUGUCUCACUUGUCGGGACAUGCUGUGAUGCAGCAACAAGGGUAUGUAGAAGUAAAGGAAUUGAUCGAUGUCGUAGAGGCGCUUACCGCCUGCCCGAGUUCGGGAGGCUGCCCAUGGACAGCAGAACAAGGGGCGCUGGAUGUGUUGGAGCAUGCGCACAGCGAGCUGAGAGAAAUCCAUGAGGAACUGAGUCUAGGAAGUGCGUCACAACACUUUGCGCUUCAAUCCGAGCUCGGGGAUCUGCUCUUCAACGCAUUUCUGCUAGUGAAGAUCUGCGAGCGGGAUGGCAUAGGCGGCUCCACGCUUGCUGGUGCUGCUGCAUCAGCCAGCGCCAAGAUACGUAGGAGGGCACCGUUUGUGUUCGGGGAGGGAGCAAGGCCGCUGACGCCGGAGGAGGCGUCAGCAUUGUGGAAGAGCGUGAAGGAGCAGGAGAAAGCUGGACUAAUAUCAACCAUCCCUCCAACUGCCCUGUCCGAUGACAACGGGCUGUAG